UUAACAUAUAAUUAAUCGAUUAGAUUAAUGCUUGUUACACCCCAAAAUUUGCACUGCGCAAAAUCUCGAGUAUGUGUGGAUAUUACGAUUUGACAGCGGACAGCUGUUCCAUUUUAAGCUAAAGCAAUCAAAAACCCUCAUGGCGGAUUUUGAUACAUCUUCGAUUAUACGUGCGGAUGUUCUUAACAUCCAACAUCAAUCUAUUCAAGAGGAAAUGGAGAAUGUAGCACGAGACAGGGGUGGAUCAGAUAACCAUGGUCAUCGUGGAAACCAGCCUCGACCCAGGGUCCCUACUGACCUGCGUGCCAGUCACAAUGCUUCUGUCAGGCCAACUGUACGAAACCUUCAAAUGAUGAACACCCCGCAUUUUUAUGACUCCAUAGAAACGGAUGCAGACAGUAUAAAAAUAUCUCAGAAAAAAAUCUCAAAGCAAAAAAUCAAGCAGUCCAAGAGACUUCCACAUUGGCUGUGGGUAAUAAUAGUCCACAUUCUGGGAAUAAAUCUUCCAAACCCAUACCUGUCUAGAGCAGUAUUUGGCAUAACGGUCUUAUCAGCAGCUUGUUAUACCUUCCUAGGAGUGCUGUACACAGCCUAUGACAUUUCCAGCAAGAAUUCUAAGACUACGGGUUCAAUUGGCUUCAUUUCCUUGCUGAUUGGUUUUUCCUGGCUAUGUCUGGGUAUAUACUCGUUCAGGCUGGCGGGGCGGCUGUUUAGUGACGAGGAUUUCGCGGCCAGUGUUCGGACACAUUCCAGGACCUUGCUACGUAUCAGCACAGUCCUACUGUUGAACAUUCUGGGCCUGGGUUUCACAGGCUUGAAUCUUUAUUGCUCCUACGAGCUGUAUACACAAGACUACUGUGAGACUAUUUCACUUCACAGUAUUGUGUGCACCACCACCUAUGUCAGUAGGGUGGUGUUUUCUGUGCUUGCUAUGGCCUGGAACAUGCUGGUAGGGUGCGUGCUUCUCUCAGUCUGCAGGACACACACAAUAGGCAUACGUCGGUUCAUGCGCGACCUGGAGGAAGACGGCCGCCAGUAUGAGAAGUACUGGAAACAGAAACUGUUGAAGGCCAAGGUGGGCCAAUACCACAGGGACACCUCCACCAUACUCAACAACCAUGAGUGGUUUUUGAUGGAAGAGCAAGAUAACAUACUGAAUGAAAUUAUGCGUGGAAGUGGGAGUAGAUCGGAACAGCCUGUUGCCCCUAGUAACAUUCAAGAACAAACAGGGGGUAACUCAGAACAGCCAGAUGAACCGGUUUCAUUUGGUCCUGAAGGCAACAGCUUACUGCCUGCACCAAGAAAUAAUGCUCCUGCAGAAUCGAUUGAGUCAAGCAUGGAGAGCCAGACCUCCCGGGACGAUGAUGGACCCCCGAUUAUGACUGAUGAUGAGCUUUUACUGUGCUACUGGAAAAUAUCAAGUCGUAUGCGCUAUGUGUCACAGUCCUUGCAGCGUUGGCUAGCCAGCUGGAUGGCCUCUGUGUUGAUCUGGGCUGCAGACUACGUCAUCUAUUGGCUCAGCCACUCUCCCAGCAUCCUCGAGAUUAUUGAGUUCCUUGCGCCCAUGCUUCUGCUUCUCGUGCUUGGAUCAGCCUACGCAGAGGCCAACGGGGAGGGGCAGAGCAUGAUAAGCUGUAUUUGCCCCACCAAGGACCGCUACAACUUGAUGGGGUUCCUGCAUACUCAGCCCCUUCAGAUGCAGGUGUUCAACAUGUCCAUCUCUUACCGUGCAAUUCUCACAGUGCUGCUGGCGUUUGCUGUGGCCUUCGCCUCUCGACUGAUACUUGACGAGAUUUCCAAGACUUAACAGUAUCCCGCUUGAAAACAUAGUAAAAACAGCUCUAAGCAAACAGCAUAACACUAGUUUCCCACUCAAACUGGACAUGACUCUCUGAAAACAGCAUAAAACCAGAACCAUCUGCGAAUCACUCACAGUCUGUUCAGGUUUUAUGAUGUUUGCUGCUCGUCAGUUCAAAAGGUCCCUGACCAAGAUUCAUAAGUCUGACCUUCAAGUUAGCAGACUUAUGCCUCUCGUUUGUACGUUGAAAAUAACGUUUGUGUUUGAGUGCAAAUACUCCAUAUCUCUAUAUUUACUACAGAUAUUGACAGAAAACGUUACAUGUGUGCCAAAGAUCUAAAUAAACGUUUCAGCCAUGCUUUGUGAAAAGGGGGUUUAAUGCAUGUAUGUAAAGUAUUGCUCCGUAUAAGCCUGUGCAACCUAAAGUCAUAUCAGGGAUGACACUUUUUACCUAAACUUGAUUUUUGCUAAGAAGAUACUCUAUAAACAAAAUAUAUCAUAAAAGCGGAAAGUGUUGUCCCUGAUUAGCCUGUGCAAAUUGCACAGGCUAAUCUUGGACGACACUUUGUGCACAUAUAUUAAACCCCCUUUUCACAGAGCAUGGCUCAUUUAUUGAACAAGAACUAUAAUUGGCAAGUUUUUAGCAGGAUUAUGCCCCCUUUUGCCCGGUCAAGGUUUGCAUGUAAGUUGAAAUUCAGGUUGGAGAUGGCAUUUAACAAGAACAUAUAUCUUUUAACUAAAACGCAACUAAGAUUAUAUUAAACUUCUCACAAGUCAUUUUUAGCUAGGCUGUUUUCGGAGAAAUCCUGAGGUAUUGUCAUAGCCUCCUCGCCGUCUGGACGUCGUGCUAAAACCUUUACAUUGGCUCUAAAUUAAAGUGCUUCCACCUACAACUUUGAAACUUCAUAUGUACAUGCACCUUGAUGAGUCUUCACACCACACCCAUUUUUGGGUCACUAGGUCAAGGGUCAAGGUCACUGUGACCUCUAAUAUAAAACUUAAACUUUGCCUCUGACAUCAUAGUGCUUCCACCUACAACUUUGAAACUGCAUAUGUACAUGCACCUAGAUGAGUUCUACAUCCCACACCCAUUUUUGGAUGACUAGGUCAAAGGUCAAGGUCACUGUGACCUUUAAUAUAAAACUUUAACUUUGCCUCUAACAUCAUAGUGCUUCUGCCUACAACUUUGAAACUUCAUAUGUACAUGCACAUUGAUGACUUCUACACGCCACACCCAUUUUUGAGUCACUAGGUCAAAGUUCAAGGUCACUUUGACCUCAUCAACAAAAAAAUUGACAAGCUUUCACAGCCGAGGGUUGCACCGGUUAUGCGGUGCUCUUGUUUUGGUAUCAUCAUGCGAUGUCACUCACCAAGGCCCAUAACUCAGAUUAAUGCCUCUUGCAUACUUAGAAUAUUCAUUUUAAUGCUGGAGUGCAACAUGUUUGUCCUUAUUAUGUCUUCAUACGUGUUCCGAGUCUGUAUAAAGUCAAUGACCAAGACUUAUUACUUUGACCUUCAUCAAAGAAGAAUAGUUGAGUGGGCCGUCUUGGGACAGGUCUUGAGCUCUUGUUCAUGUCUAAAUCAAAUGUGUCUUGUUCUGUGAAAGCUGGUCAUAAUGCAUGUGGGUAAAGUGUUGUCCUAGAUUAGCCUGUGCAGUCCGGACAGGCUAAUCAGGGACGACACUUUCUGCCUAAACUUGAUUUUCGGUAAGGAGGGACUUCCUUGAAACUAAAAAUACCAUUAAAGCGGAAAGUGGGGACUGCACAGGCUAAUCUGGGACGACACUUUAUGCACAUGAAUUAAGCCCAGUUUUCCCAGAACACGACAUAAAUUUGCAGGACAUGUGUUAAUGGGUUACCAUGGUAAAACUGUAUUUAUUUAAAAAGUGAGCUAAGUUUGUUUUAAUAAACAUACUAUUUUCUAAGGAGGUAACAUUCCAAUUAUAUUCUCUGUUUUUGUUUGUAAAUGUUAUAUUGUUGUUAAAAUGCUUAUAUCACAUACUUAUUGUUUUUUAUGAUAUAUUAUUGUAUUGUUACUAUAUUUUCUAGUCCCAUUUUGUUGUAUAAAAGUUACAGUCAUUUUGUAACGUAAAUGUAAUGAAUAAUCCGAUAAAGCAUUUAUUUAUUUCAUGAACAAUGUAGCACAAUAUAUAGGUGUUGUAACAUUUUUUUCUAUUCCCUGUUUUGUCUUGAAAAAAAAAUUGUAUGGAUCGUGAAUCAUUACAUAAAUCUAUUCAAAGAAUGCAUAUUCACUCUUUGCAAUCAGAUAUAUAUCCACUUUCAAUAUUUUAGUGAUGAUAUUGAUGAAAAUGAUUAUUGUUACAAAAUAUAUACCCGCAUAGCCAAGUAGUAUUUACUUCUGAUGAAUGAGUAUAGCGGGAUCAAAAUAAUACAAAAAGCUUUCUUCAUUGAAAAGUUUGCUAUACUACAGUAGGUUAAUUGAUGGUGUACAUGCCUUAAUCUAUACUCUAUGUAUCUGUCAUUUAUAAAAAUUUGACCUCAGCCACUGAUUUUCCAAAGUUAUUUUAACUUGUGUAACUGUUAUUUGUUUAAAAAACCUCUUGCCAGUAAUAAAUGUUAUUAAUUAUAAA